ACUCGUUAAAAUUAUUCUGUUCCCGAUAAAUCCGAAGCGAUAAGACGAUCUUACCACACUCGACAUGUUCAUGAAAACAUGUCUUUAUGAGUUGUUUCCUUAUUAAUUGAAAGUCGUGUGAUUUAAACCCACAUUCCAAAAAUGUUGAUUAGUGUGAUAAUCACAUUGCUGAUUUACACAAGGUGCAGUGGAGAUCAAGAAUACAUACUCAAGAAACCAAAAUGUAAAAUUCCUAACUUAGAGCCGUUUAACGACGAAGUAAGAGACAUAAUGAAGCCGCAGUCUUACAUAAGUUGCAACAAAACCGAGCUGUUAACUUUUGUGACGACGAUCGACAAUUCGGCCACACUGUAUAUUAAAGACGAACUUAAACCUCAAUAUGGUUCAAAUAUAAGUUGUUGCUAUUCUUACGUAACUAGGAAUGGAACUGCAGAAGAACCUGACACUGGAAUCAAUAUAAUGGAAUGCCAACCAUUUGAUAAUCACGUGGUCCUUACUCAUGAUAUCGUCAAAGUCGAGUGCCACCAAUAUGACGAAAAUGAACCUCGACUGGUCUACGCAAACGUCCACAACCCCAUCAUUAUAAAAGAAUCAGUGAAAAAUAAAUUGAAAAGUUCCAACUCAUCAAAAUCAUUCAGUGUCUUGUUUAUAGUGAUAGAUGCCAUAUCUAGACUCAACUUCAUUCGUACCAUGAACCAAACCUACACUUAUCUUCGUGACAACAACUUUAUCGAAAUGAAAGGUUAUACUAAAGUAGCUGACAAUACUUUUCCGAAUUUUGGUGCCUUUCUUACUGGACUGGAUCUAGCGACAAUCAACGAAAAGUGCAAGCCGGAAACUGUUGGUGGUUUGGAUAACUGUCCCAUGAUAUGGUACGACUACAGUAACAAAGGGUACAUCACUGCAUACGCUGAAGAUGCUAGCUACAUCUCAACUUUCAACUUCAAUAAAAAAGGUUUCUUGAACCCACCAACAGACUACUACUUUAAACCUUACAUUGAAGCUUCCGAAACCCUUACGAUUCGGUACAACAACUACAUGCCUUAUUGUACAGGUCCAGAGACGGCAGGUGAACGCAUUUUGAACCUCGCCAAAGAUUUCGCCACCACUUUUAAGGAUCAAGCGACUUUUGGCAUUUUCUGGAUGAACACUUUCAGUCACAAUGAAUUAAACGCUCCGUAUGUGAUGGAUGAGAAAAUGAAGACCUUUUUUUCUGAUUUGAAGAAUGAGAAAAUUUUUGAUGACAGUAUUGUCGUUGUGCUGAGUGACCAUGGUAUACGAUUUGGCGAAAUUAAAACUACCAGGAGUGGGUGGUUUGAGGAACGAACUCCACUUAACAUGAUUUCGGUACCUAAAAGGUUCAAACAGAGAUUUCGUACCGAGUAUCACAACCUAGUGGAAAAUUCCAAUAAGUUGACAAGUACUUACGACUUAUUUUCGACUUUAAAACAUAUUUUAAUUUUGUCGGGGAAGAACUAUGAGGAUAGAGAAAAAUCGUCGUGUGGUAAAUGUACUUCGUUGUUUACACGAAUUGUAUCGAAUAGAUCUUGUAGAGGUGCUGGGGUACCACCACAGUGGUGUACUUGUAUGGGAUAUUUCAAGAGCAUUGAAACGGAUCAUGCAUACGUAAAAAAUGUUACUGAGAUAGCUAUAUCGAAGAUCAAUAGUACCAGUGCUUUGGAUCCAACUUAUUGUAAAUCUGCUGAGUUGGAUGAUGUUUUAGCAGCCAGUAUGUCCGAGUCUUUGGAAAACAAUGAUGAAAGAUAUUUGUUUGUUGUUUUUAGGACUAAACCGACCGCUGUUACGUUUCUCGCGACGGUAAUAUUUAAACGAUUUGUUACUACUGAAUCCGCUUUUUUUGUGAAAACAAUAGAUAAUUUAGAUUUGUGUAUUAAUUAAAAGUAAAGUUUCCCAA